AUGAAGGAUCCCGUCCAACGCAGUGCUUCUCCCUACACUGAUCCAGCAGUAAAGGGCCCAAAAAGGAUACCAGGCAGAUUUACGCAAAAGUUCGUCUCCUCUUACUCGCCUCCUCGUCUUGUCACCUCCCCCAAUCCUCCACCCGACUUCUUCCACUUAGACGCAAACCUUGUUUGCGUCUGGGACCUGAGCACCUUGAUUAUAUCCCAUCGCCGCCUCCCGUUCAUAAGUCACUUCUACCAAAUCAUCACCAACUAA